AGGCUUCGAUGCAUGGGGUUAGGGCCAACUCAGAGUGCAUAUUUUGGAGUUUACUCGCGUGGGGCUGCAUCUGGAUCAUGCUCAUGUUCCUGUAGUCAUUCGAGUGAAGAUGUACCAACUUUGAAAGGAGAGUUAAGUGAGGUGAAGAAAAAAAUGGAGGUCAUGGCAAGGUUCAUCAGUAAGCAAUUUCCUGGGCAAAAUUGGAUGGAAGAUGCUGAAAACAAUCCGGGUGCCAGUACUGCCCCAUCUUUGGGUUCUCGAGCUUCUUGAUGCCGUGAUGCUCUUAGAUGAAGCUCUUAGAUGAAGGAUGUUGAAUCAUGUAGGUACUUUUGAGUAAUAUUCUAGUAGGUUGUUAUGUUUUUAUGGAUUGCCAAUGAUGUUAGUAGGGAUUAUAUUAUGGUACAUGGAAUGUUUAGGUAAAUGAUGAAUCAUGGUACGGAUUAUGGAAUAUUGACGGUUUUGUAUGGUAUGUAUGGUACGG